UAACUUUCAAUGCAUCCAUAGGACUUUGAUAUUAAAUAACUUGAAGAAUUAUAAAUCUAUAGUUUUCUCAGAUAAAAUGUAUGAAAUAACCCCUCGGGAUUCGGACAGAAUAUUUUCUGCGAUGAUUUUUUUUGUCUUUUUCCUGUCCUGUAUUUUGCUACUAACUUAUAUCAGGCGUCGACGAGUAGAAGAGUUUAAAAAGGCGUGCAAACAAGGAAGCUUAAACACUAUUCAACAAAUGAUGAACAAUCAUAUCUCAGUAAAUACUAUACUCGGGAUUACUGGUGAAGAAAUUAGCGUUGGUUUAAUGUGGGCCUGCAGUCUGGGACACGUCAAGAUAAUUGAGAGACUACUGAAGGAAGAAAAAAUCUAUGAAAACCGGUUUUCUCUCGCAAGUGCUUUCAUGUGCGCCUGCAAGCGCGGCAAUGUUGAGGUGGUUGAGUUACUGAUAAAAGAGCCCCGAAUACCUAUUGAUAUUGUAAACAAAAAUGGUGCAACACCGGAACAGAUAACUAGAGUUCCUGAGAUCAAAAGCAUGGUUCGAUCAGAGCACUGGCGAAGAAUACAAGAGGAGAUUAAUUUAAUCUCUGAUGAUAUUCAGCUUACUGUGCAGAAUAUCAGAACAAUCAAGAAUAGAGAGGAAAAUAGUGUUUUCUUAGAGGCGGUUGAAUUAAAGAUGAAAGAAUUAAGACUAAAGACGGAGGUUCUUGAGACGGCGGAGAGAACGGAGCUGGACCGAUUACUCGCCAGGUUUAAGGCGGAGCAGUGCCGAAUACAGUCAAGAUAUGAUGAGGAGAGCCGAGGAAUUAAACUCAAUAUACAAGAUGACAUUCUCAAACUUAAAGCUUUAAUGUAAUUUACAAAAUAAAAAAAAGAAUUAUAAACCUGGCCAAAAAUAGAACAAAACAGCAGUUAAUACAAAUUUAGAUUUAAAAUGUGUAGAUAUUUAUAUCAAAUAUUGAAUGUUAGAAAAUAAAAAUUGAUUCUAA